AUGCUCAAUGCUCCUGCAACACUAGGCGAAGGAGGGACCAUAGUGGCGACAGAUGUCAACACCGUUUUCGGCGCCGGUGCGGAUCUUCCAACUACUGAUCACUCUUGGCAAGACAAAUGGCACCGGAUAAACAAAGACCUCUACCUGCACUCAUGCUCACGAACAGCUUUGCUUAUCGUGCAGCAAGAAGACGCAGGAAGAGACCCUAGAGCAGGCGAUAUAUGUCUUCUAAGGCAGCGUUAUCCGGAUGCCACCUUCGGUCAAGCUGUAAGUGGAGUGGACGUCCUGUUCUGGAGCGAUGCUGUCGAUCCGAGACCACAACGGACUCUCAUACAGCACCCGCUUCGCCUUGACGUAGGACCGCAAAUACCUUCCGCAAGAUUAACAGUGCGAUAUGGAAAGCCGCAGCCUAGGCCUACUCCGAAUGCACUCAGAGCAAAGGCCGAUGGCAUAUUUGGGAUCAUGCAAGUCUCCGACACACAUCUGGUUGCUGGUGUAGGAAAGUGUACUGACGCUAUGGACGCGGUUGGCCACCCAAUACCUGAGAGCGAGGCUGAUCCGCUUACCUUGAGCUUGCUCCAAGAAGCUCUCGACGUUGAGCGACCAGAUCUCGUGGUCUUGACCGGCGACCAUCUGGAUAGCGCGGAUUGUGUAGACUCGCAGUCCGCACUUCUGAACUUGGUUGCGACCAUGAUAAAGCGCUUAAACCCAUAUGCUGCUGUAUUCGGGAAUCAUGACGACGAGGGUAAACAUGCACUUCCCAUGUCGCUUCUACAGAGUCUUCCAUACAGAUACAGCCAAGCAGGUCCUUCAGACGUCGAUGGUGUUCGGAACCCUCCUAUCCCGAUCUUCAGGCAUAAGCCUUCAGAGUAUUUAUCCGCCACGCUAUUCCUGCUGGAAUCACAUGGACAGAUACCAAGCAAAACGCAAACACUGCGGAAAGACCGCGAGAAGUCUGGCAGCAAUGGCUCCCACAUCGCUUUUGCAUUCCUGCACAUACCGUUUCCUAAGUACGGUGACCAGGAGCUCUGCGUAUGUGCAGGCCACAGAGGAGAGCCGAUCGAGUCUCCCAGCUACAACUCUCAUUCCUACGAUGCUCUUGUUCGCGAGAAGGUCGCUGUCGUCAGCUGCGGGCAUGAUCACGUGAAUGACUUUUGCGGUCUAUUAGACGCCAAGCGCGACGGUCUGCAAGGCGAUAAGCACAACAGGCUCGGACCGUGGUUAUGCUACGCAGGGAGUAUAGGUUUUGGGGCAUAUGGCUCGUACGGUGGGAAGCGGUAUCACCGACGUGUGCGGCCCUUCGAGAUAGAUACUCGAGAGAGUGAUGUGAGAACGUGGAAGCGAACAGAGUUGCUAAGCACCGAGUUGACGAGCUGA